AUGACCUUAGGACUCCCUCCUAUCCUCUUUUACCCGACGUGGCUCGUGCUACUGGGUUUCCAUGCAGUCUGCGCUCUCUAUCUCGUCGUGAUGGCGGCAGCGUAUUUCGCAAUGACUUCGAGCGAGAACGCAUCUUACGCGCCAAUAUGGUCCGACACGGGGUUCAAGCACUUCAAAGCCUUCGGUGCCAUUUACUUGGCUAUUGCUGCACUGCACGUGAUCCAAGUUCUCCGCAUCUUCUACCUGUCGAUUCGAAACAAGCGAAUGGUACUUCACUGCGAACAAUCAAAGUCGUAUUGCAAGGACGACAGCAAGUGUACUCCCUGGUGCUUCGAUGCAGUUUUUGCUGUCCGUGAACUGGUAGUGCUGGGUUGUCUGUCCUACCAGGCCUAUCAGUCCAGCAAGCUAGUGCCGCGUGUGGAGCUGAACAACCUCAACGCGGCCAUGUUGAUCCUCUCCUGCUGGCUGACCCCCUUGAUCCAGAUCCUUGUCCGCAAGUCGAUUGCUCUCAGUCGUGCUACGUCGCUCCUCAGCAGCUUCGUACUGUGCACUUUUCUGGCCAAAGUGAUACAGUCUCUGGUGUUCCUCCAGUACACGGACGUCUUCAAUUCGGAUAAGAUGCUGUUUGCAACAAAAAUGAUAUUCGACCCGACCUUCCUGGCAGUACUAACACCCGAGAACAGGAUGAUGUUUGCUACAACUGUAGGCGACUUCAUCUCCAAGUUCCUACCUCUUCUUGGCAGCCUCGUGUCAUUAGUGAUGCUGGAAGGAGUGAUUUCUCGUCGUGAAGAGAAAGUCACUCCAGAUACUUGUGCCGACACCAAUGCAAAGGUUGAUCCUAAUGUAAAUGUCACUGUGGAGACGUUGGACACUCCAGAAGGGUCCACAGAGCCCGCUCGCCUGGAAGCUGGUACCUCUACGAAAGCUCUGGGAGAGUCUCGCACUGCUGAAAACGCCCCACGUGCCCCGUCGAAUUACUCGUCGUGUGUCUGGGUGUUAGUCGUGGUCAAGAUCUCUUGCAUUGUAUGGGGCAUUCUUGUGCUUGCGUUCCACCUCAAGGCCCAAUCCCAGCACAAGACAAUGCCUACAGGCUGUUUCUCGGCUACCCGACCAUGGUUCAGCUCCAAAGUCUCGUGCUUGGCUUUCGUGUUCGACUGCGUCGACCAAGCCGCCAUUCUUAACUUCGUCAAUUGCCCCGCUCUUAUGGUUCCGAGUGUCAUUCAGACAUUCCCUCAGCUUCAAAGCGUUCAGGUUUUCAACACGGCGUUGUAUUCCUGGGAUGCGAAUGCUGCACUCACUCAAGAAUUCCACCCGCGACUCAAGAGUAUCGUGCUCAUCAGCGUCAAGAUGGCAGCGUUCCCCGACGGUCUCAUGGGAGUUCUUCCUUACUCGCUGAUGAAUCUGCAAUUCUUCGCUACGAUGCUACCGUCGUUACCCAAUGACCUUGGUACCAAAUGGGGAGGAGCUAAUCGACCUUUGAUUGGUCGUGUCGGCUUCGAGUACGGUAUCCUCAGUCCAGCAACUGUCCCGCUCGAGACGUUCCAACUACCCGUAAAAUCUCUGUCACUCGCUGGCAACUUCUUCCUCUUCCAGAUCCCAACAUUGGCUGCAGUCUCAAACACGUUCCUGCCUCAGCUCGUUCUGGACGGAGCUCCGUUAAUGGCGCUUCCUCCAAUUAUUGAUCCGACCUUCAAGAUCGGAGACUUGAGCAUGGAAGGCACCGAAGUGUCGGUGUUACCGGACUGGACAAAGUCACAGGUUCCGUCCCCAAUGCACCUGUAUGGAUCGGCCUUUUGUCUGACGGCCACAGACGCGCAGAAGACCGAGGCCAACGGUAUCUGCGAUACCAGUCGAUGGGGAACUCCUCUACCACAGUCGCCGAUUGAACGCAUGGAAGAAGUGUACGGGAAGACAUCCGCCUGA